UGUUACUUUAAUUUCCAAAAUCCAGAUUGAAGAAUCGAGACUGCGCCGUGUCUUUCGCAGACCUAUUCAUGCAGAACCUAGGCAUCCCAUUUAUUCAAGUCCAUAUGCCAAGAACAUCAGUAUCAGAGCUUUUGGUCCAAAGAAGCCCAGGUGGUUUAAAUUUCUAAACAGCACUCAACUUUUCCUGUUCAAAGAGAUUUUGAGUCAAGUCAUGGUCGCCCGACAAGGAUGGUUUAGUCUCGAAGAGUUUGUUGAUACUUUUAAAGAUUUCGAUCCAACCGUUACUCGCUCUGAAAUUGUGAAUACUUUUGACAGCAUGGAAAAGGAUGAGUUUGAAGAACUUGAUUUCGGGAAGUUUCUCUUUAUGCUGGCAUAUAGGGAUGAAGCAGCAACCACUCAAUCUGAAGACGUAGACGAAACUGUGUCUUCUAAAGUCGCCACACCUCGCCAAACUCUUAUUCUGUCUGCCAUCGCAAAUUAUGUCUUGAUUACCAGCGUGGAAGACAUCGCAAGAUUCUACACACAGACUACGAGGAGAAAAUCAACGGUGCUGCAUCACCAUUUGGAAGCUACUAGACUUGAUGCUCUUAGUGAAGCAGAAAUGGAAGAAAAGCAACUGAAAGCAUCUCUAAAUUUAAAACACUUAUUUGACCUAACUGGCUCGCCCUACGCUCAGCCUGUACCUUUUGUACCAAGAUUUAAACAAGGAAAACUUUAUAAAGAAUGGAAGAAAAGCAAAUAUCCAUUGCCUCUUAUUGAUCAUCAGCCGAAAUCUGUGAUUCCGAUUUCUGUUAAGAAGAAAUUAAAAGAACGUACAGAUCUUCAAUCUGAAAUUCAACAGAUAAUAAAUCAAAUGCAUCAAGGUAGGAUUCCACUGCCAAUAAUGAAGUUCCCUAAAGACAAAGUGAAGGAAAUGAGAAGAUCUUGCACAGUGGAAUUGAAAGAUUACAUCAUGAACAGAGCUCAUCAAGCUAAACAAGAUAUGAGAGCGCAACUUAAAAAGGCAGCCGUCCUACAUGCCAAAAGUGCUUUAGUAAAUAUUCUACUUCAUGGAUUUUCGACUGAAAAAGAAAAAGAUAAGUUUGUGGAUAUAUACCAGAGAUAUCUACCUCUGAACGAGGGCGACAUGAAAGACUUUUCUUUGUGGGUAAGGCCUAAAGGUUAUCAAGUAAAAAGAGAUAUAAGAAAAGUACAUCCUGAGAAGUAUGCGUUUGGAACGAAGAUCCGCUAAUCUUUCGUGAUACUGCAAAUCUGUAAAUGCUUGUACGAAUAUGUAAUAAAAAUUGUAUUCACGCUC